AACUUGAUUAGGCUAAUAAGGGUUUUUGCUUUUCCUCUUCUAAGGUUUCAUCUUAAAAAACCAAAAACGCGAUUUUUUUUUUGCGAUGAAAACAGAGUGUACUGUGUAACAUUCUCUUUGUUCUUCAAUCGCAAAAUUAGGGUUCGUGACUUGUCGUCAAUUUCCCAAAUCCAUCCACCACGGCCAUCUUGACCAAAUUUUAUCUGAGACGCAUCGCAAUUCUUCAUCAGUUUCGUUUUAGUAACCCGCGAAACGGAAUCAUAUAGUGUGACACGGAAACUAGGAAUUAGAGCAAUGGCAGAAGAUCUGGUGCUGGAUACUGCAAUCAGAGACUGGGUGUUGAUCCCUCUCUCUGUAGUUAUGGUUCUUAUUGGCGUGCUGCGCUAUUUCGUUUCUAAGCUUAUGCACUCUUCACAAACCCCAGAUGCCAAAAUUGUUAAGGAGGGGCAAGUGAUCGUUAGAGCUCGGAGUUUACGUGCUGGGGCGAAUUUUAUUCCUUCCAAGGCUUUUCGCGCACGCAAGAUUUAUUUCUGUAACGAGGAAAAUGGUCUCUUGUUUGUUCCAAAGGGCCAGGGGCAGAAUCCACAAGCACAGAUGUUCUCUGAUCCUAACAUGGCCAUGGAUAUGAUGAAGAAAAACCUUUCAAUGAUUAUUCCUCAGACUCUUACAUUUGCUUGGGUGAACUUCUUCUUUUCUGGAUUCGUAGCAGCCAAGAUACCCUUUCCUUUGACACAGAGGUUUAGGUCGAUGUUACAGAAUGGAAUAGACCUUAGCACAGUAGAUGUCAGCUAUGUUAGCAGUCGCUCUUGGUACUUCCUCAAUUUGUUUGGACUAAGAGGAUUGUUUAGUCUCAUCUUGGGUGAAGAAAAUGCUGUAGAUGAUACACAACGUAUGAUGCAAAUGGGUGGAUUUGGAUUUGAUCCUUCAAAGGGUCUGAGUGCUGAGAAAGACAAUCUCGACAUAACACAGCAUGACUGGGCCUUACCGAAUUUUGAGCAUCGUGCCGAAGCUGUGUUGAGGAAAGUCAUCAGUUAACUGUGUUGUUGAAUAGGAAAGCUUAAUUGCUCGCAUUAGCAGGGCACACUUAACAUUCUAUUAUUGCUGUAGGGGCUGUUCCUUUUGCAGCAAUAGUUUUAAAAGAUCAUGUUGGGAUAAUGAGUGUAGUUUUGAAUCCGAACAUUCUUCAUUUUAUUAUCAGAAAACCUUGGCACGAUUUUGUUGAAA